CUCUAAUGGCCAACAUAACCUAAAACGCGUAGGACAGGAACAUAGAAACUAGUCAAAGUGUUAAAGUAUCUACGUCUCGAAGAAAUUAGAGUAUCAGUAACAAAAAGAGGCGAAACAGACGAGGUUUGGUAAGAUAGACAGGUUGGAGUAGAAUUGGUUUAAAGAAGCACGGUUUAUCGGGAGAUGGUAAAUGGGCGAAAACACGGCGGAAGAACGCGUAGACACAUCGCGAGAAGAAGAAGUAGUAAGCCGUGAAUAGAAGUGCGCUGGUAGAUUCAACAAAAGGUGAACCCACAAAGUGGAUCUAGCCGUAUAGGUCUGCGGAAGGCGGGAGGUAGCCGGCCAACUCCGUAGGUAGAGAUAUAUCGGAGUUCGGGCGUAUUCGGGCAGGCUCGUGCGUUCCCGCUGGCUGGUGGUGGCCGCGCACCUCCGCCAAGUUUCACGCUGCGUGGAACGAAACUCGUACGCGAUCAGCUCGACCGAGGCAAUCCGGCAUCCUUACGUAUGCUCGUUGCGUUCUUGACCGAUAUGGUGUUCUUCUCCCCGUAAUUAGUGACCCUGAUCGCGAGAUAGAGUCGAUCGCGAGAGCUAACACCGCGUGUCGCGUGAAGAGAGCUAGGUUCGAUCCCCGGACGGUUCGACCCCCUCUCGCUGUCUGUGACUGAACGAGAGCGAGCACGUCGGUUGCCGCUGGAUUCUCGAGGCAGUGUACCGUAAAAAGUUCGCGGAACACGGUGAAAACGCGAGUCGUCCGUUUCUCGCGCGUACGUAUAUACACGGUGCUUCACGCUCGACGACGUUUCAUCGCCUCUCACUAUUGGAGAGGGAAAAAGAGAGAACGAAGAGAAGCUCCGAAGCGUGUCUGUAUCGUUGACACUCUCCGUUCGUUCGCUCGCGCCGAGAGCUAGCUGCAAGUGACAACCCUCCGGAGGAAAGCCCAACUCCUUCCUGUCCACCGACGCUUAGCAGGACCCUUGCGAUUCGAUGCGACUCGUACGAGCGACAGUCGACGAAUGACGAGAAGGAAAGGGUCCCCGAUAGGGCCAGGUAACGAUCCGACCAAAGGAAAAUCGGAGUCGUAGGCGGGGCCUAAGGUCGGGGACACGUGACACGGAAACUGUCACGCCGCCCUUGUCCUCCCCUCCUUCACCCCCUCCACUCGACCGAAAAGCACCGAGCCAGCUAUACGAGCGCUGCUUCUACCAACCGACAGCGUGCCGUCGAACGCUUCUGUUCGUUCGUCCAGUCUUCGCUUCUUUAUUUCGAUCUCUUCCAUCGACCAAUUUUUUCACAUUGGAUAUGAAAGCGCACGCUCUGCGAUCCAAAUGCUCCUGUAAGAACACAUGCGUUCGAACGACGCCAUCUCGUUUCUCUACGCCUGUCGCGUUUAGAAUAUUAUCAAUGACGCAUCGCAAGCAGUUUUAACGAUACUCCAAAAUAAGCGGCAGGUACACUUAUACGAAUAUAUGAUACUUCGUGACACAAAAAGUGGGAGUCGCUACAACAUCGACAGUAUCCGAAAGCUGACAUAUUCGCCUCACCGACGACUCUCUCCUGUCCAACCGCGUGACACCAAGGACGAUCAUCAAGGAUUAUGAUAAUAUUUGAUUCAAAUUCGAUCGUAGCUCGCAGUCACGACACUUUCGACGAUCAACCUUUUCAUUAUCCGUAAUCCACGUUAUUCGACCACGAUAUUCAACAUACCUGGUUUCCUAGUUUCCAAUGAUGCUCGUUCGAAUCAGUGAUCGCCAUAACACGUCUGUGGUCAGUUUGCCGAUGGUUCGACCGAGAUUCGACGCGGUCGAAUUCGCGGUUUGACGCGGGUCACCGCGUCGCCGUGAACGUGCAGAAGAUGCAGCAGGGUAGCGUGGGUGACGGGGACUCGGCCCCGAGGAAUUCACCGAAAAACUCCAACUCGAGCGACGCCGACGGUCGUAUUCGAAUUAAAGUCGAGGCGCCGGAAUCGACGGAGGUGUUCGACCUUAAACGAGAACCUCAAGACGAGUACCAUACAGUCCAGCAUGAUUACCAUUACGACAGAAAACCAAUCGUUCCUCCAACGAAGCUCGAUGGUAAUUCCGAGAUCGUCAACCAAUGUCAGCCACCACAUCAAAUUUAUCCGCGGCCUGUUACAACUGCACUCCCGAAUUCUUAUGGAUUCCCACAUUUUUAUGGACCGUCAGCGAUGCUGCCUCCGUCGUUUCAUGGCGCUAGACCAUCUUCGGACCGACCGAUUGGGAAGAUCGACGAGCAUGAGCACGAACAGGAACGUUACAGAGUGCCCGUGUCCAGUGUGGCCACCAGUGACAGUGUUUAUCUGCAUCAUGAUUCUCAUAGAUACGAGAUCGGUGAUUAUCACGGGAAAGGAUAUUCAGGAAUGCCUUAUGCCGCGUUUCGGCCUUCGAUGCAGCAGCGUACCGCGGUAUACGCUAGUCAUCAUAAUAACAGUGGCUAUAGGGUUGCGCAGUAUCAAAAUAGGAAGCGCAAGUGGAGCGGCGCUGCGCUCCGUGGAAUGCCGCCGUCGAUGCCAUGGCCAACGUGGUUUUAUCGGCCAGACUUCCCUCUCGGUACAUCACUACCCACCGGUCACGUAUCAAAUGCCAGCAGUGUUCCUACUUCGUCGCCUUUGUACUCCAGGACCCACUCGCAAUCGGAGGCUCCCAAGGCUCCCGACUUCCUCGAUAGCAGUAAAAUUCAUGGGCAAACUCCGACAAUAUGCACGGUAAGACGAACCAUACAAUCCCUUUCACGUUUCUCGAUAUUCGUACAGGAAGAUUUAAAAAGCUCGACAUUCGGUGAUCAAGCUUUUCCUCCAAAAUUGCUAUAA